UUACAUUUUGUCUGGUCGGCUUCCUCCUAUCCUAAUUCACCCACUUCUCCGCCCGCUAUAUUUUACUGAUGGAUUCACUGUUGCUCAUGAGGUGUCUGAAUGCGACAAGAUAACGGAUCGUACUCUAUGCGUGUGUUAAACAUUGUAUGUGUGCGUGUUUCUUUACAGAUCCAAAGAUCUCUUCCGAUAUAAAUAUCCUCUUUUAAUUAUCAAUCCAUCUGUCUUCAUAUAUACGUUAAAUUAUAAGAUCACAGAUCUUUCUAUAAGGUUCCAUCAAUUGUCUGCCGCGAUACGAUGAUAUUAGGGUUCAUAAUCAUCCAAUUCAAUUGGGUUUCUGAUUCCUAACCCGGAAUCGCAAGAAAAAUACUCAAUUGUCGGAUGAUUACCACAACCUUUUGAUUUCCAUUGAAGUUCGUCUGUGAAAAGCCUAGCGAUGUUAACGUCCUCCAAGUGUUCGACGAAAUUACUCUGAGGUUUAAAGUGAAAGACUUUCUUUUCUGCUGUAAAGGAGAAAAAUGGCAACACAGGUUGAGCCACCAAAUGGGGUUAGAUCAGAAGGGAAGCACUAUUUUUCUAUGUGGCAAGCAUUAUUUGAAAUUGAUACCAAAUAUGUUCCCAUUAAGCCAAUUGGAAGAGGUGCAUAUGGUAUUGUGUGUUCUUCUGUUAAUCGUGAAACCAAUGAGAAAGUUGCAAUAAAGAAGAUACACAACGCGUUUGACAACCGUAUUGAUGCCCUUAGAACAUUGCGUGAGCUUAAGCUUCUUCGACAUCUUAGACAUGAAAAUGUUAUUGCUCUUAAAGAUGUCAUGGUGCCUAUACACAGAAGAAGUUUUAAAGAUGUGUAUUUGGUUUAUGAGCUUAUGGAUACUGAUUUGCAUCAGAUUAUUAAGUCAUCUCAGGCUCUUACAAAUGAUCACUGCCAGUAUUUCCUCUUUCAGCUUUUACGAGGCCUCAAGUAUCUCCAUUCAGCAAACAUCCUCCACCGUGAUUUAAAACCCGGAAACUUACUCAUAAAUGCAAAUUGUGACCUAAAAAUUUGCGAUUUUGGUCUUGCAAGAACAAGAACCACAAAAGAUCAAUUCAUGACAGAAUACGUUGUCACCCGUUGGUAUAGAGCCCCAGAGCUCCUCCUUUGUUGUGACAACUAUGGCACCUCCAUUGACAUUUGGUCUGUUGGUUGCAUCUUUGCUGAACUUCUUGGAAGAAAGCCUCUUUUUCCAGGCACAGAGUGUCUUAAUCAAUUAAGACUAAUCAUAAACAUUCUUGGAAGCCAAAGGGAAGAUGACAUUGAGUUUAUUGAUAACCCAAAAGCAAGAAAGUUCAUAAAGUCGCUUCCUUUUUCACAAGGGACUUCGUUUAAUCGGUUGUAUCCUCAUGCACAUCCGUUGGCUGUUGAUUUGUUGCAAAAGAUGUUGGUUUUUGAUCCUUCGAAGAGGAUUAGUGUGACCGAAGCACUUCAUCAUCCGUAUAUGUCAUCACUUUAUGACCCGAGGUGUGAUCCUGUGGUUACAUGUCCAUUGGAUAUGGAUAUAGAUGAGGAUCUAGGGGAGGAGAUGAUUAGAGAGAUGAUGUGGAAAGAGAUGCUUCAUUAUCAUCCUGAAGUUGUUGCCAAUGGUAAUGCAUAGGUGAUGUUUCUUGUUACCAUUGUUGUUGUUGUUGUUGUUGUUGUUGUUGUACACUAAUUAUGGAUACAUGAGAACGACUGAAAUGCUUGUUUUAUCUUGCAUGAAUGCGCUGAUUUUAUAUCUUUUUGAAAUAAAGAUUUAUGAAAUGUGCUUGAAUUA